UUCUAGGGUUUUCUCAGAACGAUUCGGAGUCGGCACUGACCGCUUCCGUCGCUCAUUACGCGUUUUCAAACUUUCAAAAGUCUAUAUAACUCGCCGUCGUUAUUUUUUCGUUGAAAGACAACUCACCGUUUUCAUGUUCUUGUAUGAUUAGGGUUUUCCGUCUUCAUGUUCUUCUUUGAUUAGGUUUUUGCAGAUCUGCUCUACACUUUUUAUGAAUUAAGGAGUGAAAUUCAAUUCGUGAACAUUGAAGUAAUAGGAAGGAGUUGAUCCUGAAUUUGGGAGUCUUUUUGCCUAUUUCGUUUAUUCAUUUUUUCUGAGAAAAUGUCGAGUAAGAAAGAGGAAAAAGCUCAGGCUGCAGCUGAGAGAAUCAAGGCUGCCGCUUUGACGGCAGCGAAGGGUCUUAGUCGUGCUCAGGCAGAACGUGCAGCUGCAGCUGCCGCUCGAAAUGUAAAUGCUUACGGCCAGAAGGAAGAAGGGCCAAGCCGAUGGCAAGAGCGGAAAGAAGCAAAGCGCCAGAUGUACUUGAUGAGUACUGAAAAAGCAGUUAGAUUGGGUGAGAGGAAAGACCUUAAAUCCUCCAUGUUGACCAUAGGUGGAAGUUCUUCACAAUGCCAGAAAUGUUUCCAGACUGGCCAUUGGACAUACGAGUGCAAGAAUGAAAGGGUUUACAUUUCAAGACCAUCUCGAACGCAGCAACUUAAAAACCCCAAGUUGAAAAUGAAGCUUUCUGUUUCGUAUGAAUUGGAUAACCCAGAUAUUCAGAAGGUGGACAAGGUUGAGAAGCGUAGUAAGAAAAGCAAGAGGAAGCACCGAUCAGAUUCUGACUCAGGGAGUGAAAGGAGUGAGGCUUCUGUUUUUGAGACUGAUAGUGGAGCUUCAUCGGGAACAGGAUCAGAUUAUUCUUCAGAUGAGAGUAGUUCGAGUUACAGUUCUUCAUCGGAUUCAGAAGAAGAGCGGAGGAGGAGAAGGAAGAAAAAACGGAGGAGGCACAAGAAGUACAGCUCAUCUUCUGAUUAUUCAGAUUCUGAUUCAGCUUCGGACUCUGAUUCUGAUGAUAAGAGCAGCAGGAGGAAGAGUAAAAGACACAGUAGAAGGGAAAGGAGAUGAUAUUAUUUUGUUCACUUGCUAUUAUAAUUACUACUUUUGGUACUUGUUAUGCACUUGGCCUUCUGGAUGUUUUUUCUACAUUCCUGUGCUAAUUUUUGAGAUGUAACAUUAAGAACCUUGUUCUCUGGAAUCCUUUGUAUUUUAAUUUUUCAAAAAUUUUUUUCCCCUCGGAUUUGUCAUGUAAAUUUUAUGGGGUUUUCACCGAAUGGGAAUUGAUGGAUUCUUAUUAUGUUAUAUAGAGAAACAUAAGAGGAUCAGAAGGAUUUGUUUUUUGGAAAA